AUGGAUGCCCCACAAUCGGUCGUUGCUCAGCUCACCGAGGAUACUCGGAGUGAGAGCUUGGGCUCUCAGAAUUCCCAGACCGCGAAAGAGUUUAUUGAGUCCCAGCUCCAACUGGAGGCAGAUGCGCGUGAGGCUCUUCCUUAUGCCUUCGACUCUUGCACAUACGACCUUGGACCGUUGCGACAGGUCCUAUUUGCGUGCCUCACAUGUAACCCCCCACCUGCCGACUCCAAAGAAUCCUAUACUGCCGCUGGCGUCUGUUACUCGUGCUCGAUAUCCUGUCAUGGCGAACACACACUAGUCGAACUCUUCAACAAACGUAACUUUGUCUGCGACUGUGGAACAACCCGUCUACCACCAUCCUCAUGCUGCACACUCCGCGAAGAUCCCGCAACCGGAAAGAAGGGCGUUCAUUCACAAGAGGCUGCAGCAAAAAAUACAUACAACCAUAACUUUCGUAAUAAGUUCUGUGGCUGUGGCGAACAGUACGAUGCAUAUUCAGAAAAGGGGACAAUGUACCAGUGCCUGGGGCUUGGUACUGUCGAGACAGGAGGAUGUGGCGAGGACUGGUGGCACCCGGAGUGUCUCAUCGGCUUGUCGCGUGAUUGGAACAACGCCGCCCCUAAGGCCAAUGGACUCGGCGGCGGUGAUGCUACCAAUGACGCUUCAGCCGAGGACGAAGAAGAUCUGCCCCCACCUGGCUUUCCUGCGGAGGAUGAUUUCGACCAUCUGAUCUGCUUCAAAUGCGUCGACUCUAACCCCUGGAUCAAGCCCUAUGCGGGCACUCCUGGGUUCUUGCCCCCGGUUUUCCGGGAAGGUGGACUCAAGAAGGGCAUCAAUGUGACCGAGAACCCCCCUGUGCCAGCCACUGAGUCUCAUAAGACCGAACCUAAGGAUCUGGAGAAGACCGAACAAUCAAAAAAGCGCAAGGCAGAUGUCGAGGAGCCCGCCGAAGGAGAGCCUGUUACCAAGCGAACUAAAGAAGAAGAAGAACACGCUCCUGUCGAGGAACAACCGUCGAAGGUCAUGAAGGAAGAGGAGCCUACUGAGGAAGAAACCGAUUCCCCUGCAAAGCCGUCCGCCCCCAAGCACACCGAACUUCCCAAGUCCACUCCAAUGGAAUCAUUUUCUCUUUUUGCCUUAGAUGAUUUUCAUGGUCAGCUGUGCCGUUGUGCUGAGUGCUUCCCCAAGCUUGUUCCGCACCCUCAACUUCGCGAAGAAGAAGAUACCUAUGAGCCUCCCAUGUCUGACGAUGGCCAGGCUAAUGGUGCCGCAAGUGUCGGUACGGGCAGCAUUUACGAUCGCGGCGAGGCAGCACUGAACAACAUGGAUCGGGUGCGUGCCAUCGAGGGCGCAAUGGCAUACAACCACCUGCGUGACAAACUCAAGGUGUUCCUACAGCCAUUCGCCGAGAGUGGACAGGCUGUCAGUGCGGAAGACAUCAAGGGCUACUUUGAGGCCCUGCGCGGUGAUGAGCAGGGCAUCAAAGAUGCUGCUAAUCACGCUUCUACCAUGAGUGGUGACGGCAAGGACGAUACCGACGGAGACAAGCGACACGAACAGAAUGGGUACUGA